AUGGUGAAUAACAUCCUAAUGUCAUUUAUUUGGUUCUUAUUAUUCUCCCACGUGAUAAGAACCUCCACUUCUUCCACUUCACUGGAUACUUUAGCAGUGAACCAAUCAAUCAGAGAUGGUGAGAGUUUAGUUUCAGCAGGUGGAAUCAUUGAAAUGGGUUUCUUCAGCCCUGGGAGUUCAAAAAGUCGAUACUUGGGUGUAUGGUACAAAAAUGUGUCCCCUAUUACAGUGAUAUGGGUGGCCAAUAGAGAAACACCUCUACAGAACAAUUCAGGAGUGUUAAAGUUCAACGCAAAAGGGUUUCUACAGCUUCUCAACGGCACUACUAACAGCACUAUAAUUUGGUCAUCAAACACAACAAGCAAAGCAGGAAAUAUGAAUAAUCCAAUCGCUCAUCUCCAGGAUUCAGGAAAUUUGGUAGUGAAAAAUGGACAGGAAUCUAAUGACUUUUUGUGGCAGAGUUUUGAUUAUCCUGGUGAUACAUUGAUGCCCGGAUUGAAGCUUGGGUGGAACUUAGAAAUUGGUCUACAAAGAUUCAUAUCAUCAUGGAAAAGUGCUGAUGACCCUGCUGAGGGAGAAUAUGCUAUGAAACUUGACAUUAGAGGAUAUCCCCAGAUGAUUCAAUUCAAGGGGCCUGAUAUAGAUUAUAGACCAGGGCCAUGGCUCGGCGAGUUCCUUGCUGGAUUUCAAGGUCCAGUUCCGGCAGUACAGACAUUUGUGUUCAAUGAAAAAGAAGUGUAUUAUAAGUACAAGCAUUCUGAAAUGUCAAUUAUCAGCAUGUAUAAACUGCUUCCUUCAGGUGCUGCCAAGGCUCUGUUUUGGGCCGUUGGAUCGUACAACCAACAAAACUACUCAAUUAGGGUAGAUGAAUGCGACGACUAUGCCUAUUGCGGUGCGAGUUCUAUAUGCACCAUGGACAGUAACCUUCCAACUUGUGAGUGCUUGAAAGGGUAUGUUCCCAAGUUUCCUCAACAGUGGAAGGUGUAUUACUGGAAAAACGGUUGUGUUCCGAAGAAUGAAUCUAAUUGCGAAAACAAUAUUACGCACAAAACAGAGGGCUUCUUCAAGUACACACAAACGAAGUAUCCAGACACGUCUUCAUCAUGGUUUAAUAAGAGCAUGAACCUUGAGGAUUGUAAGUUGGCGUGCCUGAGAAACUGUUCCUGUGUAGCCUGUGCUAAUUUAGAUACCCGAAAUGGGGGAACAGGGUGUUUGCUUUGGUUUAAUUAUCUCGUUGAUGUGAGGAAAUUCUCUCAAUGGGGACAAGAUCUUUAUGUCAAAGUUCCUCUUUCAGAACUAGAUCAUGUUGCAGCGGAAAACCAUGGAAACAUCAAGAAGAUAAUCGGAAUCACAGUUGCUGUGACUAUUUCGGGAUUAGUUACAUGGGGAUCAAUAUGGAUGAUUAAAAAUCCAGGGGCUGCAAGAAAUACUUUCAGUUUCAGCAAGCGUUACAAAAGAAACCUAAGGAAGGAAGAUGUUGACUUGUCAACGUUUGAUUUCUCGGUCUUGGCAAAUGCCACUAAAAACUUUUCAAGUGGUAACAAACUUGGAGAAGGUGGCUUUGGUCCAGUAUACAAGGGAAUGUUGCCAGAUGGACAAGAGAUAGCUGUGAAAAGGCUUUCGAAAAGAUCUGGACAAGGGCUGGAGGAAUUUAAAAAUGAAGUGGCGCUAAUUUCCAAACUUCAGCACCGUAAUCUCAUAAAGCUUCUUGGUUAUUUUAUUCAAGGAGAAGAAACAAUGUUGAUCUAUGAAUACAUGCCCAACAAAAGCUUGGACUACUUUGUUUUUGAUGAAACCAAAAGCAUGUCACUAGAUUGGCUUAAGCGUUUCAAUAUUAUUGGUAGCAUUGCUCGUGGACUUCUUUAUCUUCAUCAAGACUCAAGACUGAGGAUUAUCCACAGAGAUCUAAAAGCUAGCAAUAUAUUACUAGAUGUAAAUUUGGAACCAAAAAUAUCAGACUUCGGCUUGGCUCGAAUAUUUUUGGGAGACCAAAUCGAGGAUAACACAAAUAGAGUGGCUGGAACAUAUGGUUACAUAUCUCCAGAGUAUGCUGUCCAUGGGCAUUUCUCAGUAAAGUCUGAUGUCUUUAGCUAUGGUGUGAUUGUACUAGAGAUUGUAAGUGGGAAAAAGAACAGGGAAUUUUCAGACCCCAAACACCGCCAUAAUCUUCUUGGAUAUGCAUGGAGAUUAUGGACUGAAGAGAGAGCGCUGGAACUAUUGGAUGAAGUGUUACGGGAACAAUACACACCAUUUGAAGUCAUGCGAAGCAUACAGGUGAGCCUAUUAUGCGUGCAACAAAGGCCAGAAGAUAGACCAGACAUGUCAUCUGUGGUUCUAAUGCUAAAUGGUGAGAAACUAUUGCCAAAGCCAAAGGUUCCUGGCUUUUACAAUGAAAAGGAUUUAAGUGCCGAAUCAAAUUCUUCACCGGCAAAUCACAAAUUAUGCUCAGUUAAUGAAUUGUCCAUCACGGAGUUAGAUGCCAGAUAGGGUACUGAGUCAAGGGAAAUGACAAGUCUUCACCUUCCAACGCGGGAUAUAUAGGUUAUUCGAGCAAACAUAGUUUUUGAAAUAGCUUAUGGUUUUACUAUUAUGAACUCGUGUUUUGACAGUCAAAUAUAUCCAGACACAUGCAUGAGGUAAACAAAUUUUAUAUGAAGACAAUAAAGCUCAAUUGCUAUUUGUUGUAGAAUGUGGUUGAUGUAUUGAACGGGAUUCAAAUCUCCCUUCUCCUUGGAGAACUUUUGACACCAAAGAAAUUGAAAUAUUUU